ACCCCCCGCGCACUUCCCCAACGGCGACUUUUUGCGGGGACAGCGCAAAUAGGCGCAGAUAGGUCGCGUGCAUACAGCGGAAAUAGCGCCGACAGCGGAAAUGUCGUCCGCGGAAGGCGACGGUUCGCUUCCGCGGCGGAACACGCGGAGGUCGACUCGACUGGCGCAGCUUGGCGGAGCGGAGGCACACGGAAGGAGUAGCGCGGAAGCAGGAGGAAGGGAUAGCGCGGAAGCAGGCGGAAAGAAUAGCGCGGAAAUUAAGGGCGUAGAUGGUCGGAAGGCUUUAGCGACUUGUGACCGUGACAGCAGCAGCAGUAGCAGCGGAGGAAGCAGUAGCAGCGAUAGCUCCGGAAGCAGCUCGGAAGGUUCCAUUUGCAGCAGCAAGGGAUUUGUCGUGAGCGACGACGUCGAAUCGUCAGGUGACGACAGCAUGACGUCAGUCGAGGAGGAACGGUCCCGGCGGGCAGGAAGAAAAGGUUCUGCGUCGGGCAGAAGAAAGAAUGGUGAGGGUGCUGGAGGGAGCAAGGAGAGGGAGGCUAAAAUUAGGGUUAGAGGAGCCAUGGGAAAGCAGGUUGCAACACCGAAGGGAGCAGCAGGAAGGGUGAUUGCAACACCUACAGGAGGCACAGGACAGACGGCUGCAGCAGCAAAAACAGCAGCAGGGAGGAGUGAAACGGGCUCAGGCGAUACGAGGGAGAAGCAAGCGAGCGCUGGAGGGGGAGAAAGGGAGAGAGGAAUAGGUGGAGGAGGGAGAGGUGGGGGGAAAGAAGGGGGGCGGGAUAAGGGAGCGACGGUUGCAGCAGCGAAGGGAUUAGCAGGAAAGACGGCUGGAGCACCGAAAGCAGCAACAGGAAGGAGUGAAAAGGGGUUGGAAGGUGUGAGUGGGAAGGAAGAGAGGUCUGCAAGGAAAGAAAGAGACACAGAAGUAGGUGGAGGAGGGAGAGGAAGGGGGGGAGAAGGCGAGAUGGAAGUAGUAGCAGCAACAGCAGCAGCAGCAGCAAGAGCUGCUGCGAUGGGGUGUAUAGAUGCGGAAACAUAUGGGGAAGGGGGGUUAACAGGGGGUGUAGAUGGGUGGAUCGACCCUGUAGCGCAGUACAUACAGUGGUCUAUAAAGGGGAUGAGGAGAGGAGGGGGAGGGGACAUGGGAGGGGGAGUGGAGGAGGGAGGGUGGGGAGAGGAGUGGGAGGGAGAGGAGGAGUGGGAAGAGGAGUAUGAUGAGGAGGGGGGGGAGGAGGGGGAGGAAGAGGAAGAGGAGGAGGAGGAGGAGGAGGAAGAAGUGGGGGGAGAGGAGGGGAGAGGAGGGGCUGGGGACAGCAGUAGGCAGCAGCAGGGGAGGGAGCUAGAGGAGAGUAUCGUAGGAGAGGUGGCAGGGCGGGCAGAAGCAGCCGAGCAGGCAGAAGCAGCAGGGCGGGCAGAAGCAGCAGGGCUGGCAGAAGCAGCAGGGCGGGCAGAAGCAGCAGGGCGGGCAGAAACAGUAGGGCGGGCAGAAGCAGCAGGGCGGGCAGCAAAAGCACUAGGGCGUGAGAAGGAGACAGCAAUCUGUACAGGGGGUGAAGUUUGUACCCAGCGUGUGAAUACAGAUGAGCAUCGGGGUUGUAAAAAGAGUGGGGGUCAAAGAGAAGGUGAGAGUCAGGGGGAGGGAAGGAGAGGGAGUGAGGAUCCGAAGCAGAGAGAGAAGUGUGGAGAGAUGGAAGCAGAUGGUGCUGGUGGUGCUUUAGGGGAUGAUAAGGAGACACGGGGAGACAAGGAGGCACGGGGAGACAAGGAGGCACGGGGAGACAAGGAGGCACGGGGAGACAAGGAGGCACGGGGAGACAAGGAGGCACGGGGAGACAAGGAGGCACGGGGAGACAAGGAGGCACGGGGAGACAAGGAGGCACGGGGAGACAAGGAGGCACGGGGAGACAAGGAGGCACGGGGAGACAAGGAGGCACAGGGAGACAAGGAGGCACGGGGAGACAAGGAGGCACGGGGAGACAAGGAGGCACGGGGAGACAAGGAGGCACGGGGAGACAAGGAGGCACGGGGAGACAAGGAGGCACGGGGAGACAAGGAGGCACGGGGAGACAAGGAGGCACGGGGAGACAAGGAGGCACGGGGAGACAAGGAGGCACGGGGAGACAAGGAGGCACGGGGAGACAAGGAGACACGGGGAGACAAGGAGGCACGGGGAGACAAGGAGUCAGGAGACUCCCGAGGGGCGAAAGAAGGAGAGUCAAGAGGCGUUGAAGGGGGGUGGAGUGGCGGAAGGGGCAACACAGUAAGCCAAGAGGAGAACUCUAGGGAAGCAGAAGGGGGUCUGGGGGAUCAAGACAUGCCUUCCAUAGGCGCGUGCACAGAUCGCGUGACUGCGUCUGGGGAUGCUGUUGGUGGAGGUGCGGACACUAAUGAGGACCCUCUUAGCGGGUAUAUGGGUGCUUUAGGAGGGGAUACGGACCCCUUAGGUGGGUACAUGGAUCCCUUGGAGCAGUACAUGCUGUGGUCUGGCGUGGGGAUGGGGGAAGGGGGAGGGGGGGAAGGGGGGGAGGAGGAACGGGGGGAGGAUGGGGGGGAGGAGGGAGAGGAGGAGGUGGGGGAAGAGGGGGUGGAAGGGGAGGGCAGGGGGGAAAAUGAGGAGGAGGGAGAAAAGGAGAGAAGGGAAGGGAAGGAGGGGAUGGCGGUUGCGGGGGGGAGAGAGGGAGGAGAGGGGAGGAAAGAGGAGCCCGAGAGACUGAGAGUGGGGAAUGAGGGGCAGGGUGGAGAGGGUAGUGGUGGGAAGAAGAAGGAUGGGAAUGGUGAGGUGAGAGGAGGGGGAGUGGGGGGAGUGGGGGGAGUGGGGGGAGUGGGGGGUGGUGGAGGGGGGGAAGGAGGGCUCGGGGAAAGAGGGAGAUCAGGAGGUGGCCGCUUGGGUGAGGAAGGGCCAGAGGAAAGGCGUGAAGGAAGGGGAGAGCAGGAUAUGAAGGGAGAGGGGCAGGGACGGGCGGAGAAAGAGAAGAUGGCGAGAGAUAGUGAGGUGAGAGAUGGUGGGGCGAGAGAUGGUGGGGCGAGAGAUGGUGAGGUGAGAGAUGGUGAGGUGAGAGAUGGUGAGGCGAGAGAUAGUGAGGCGAGAGAUGGUGAGGCGAGAGAUGGUGAGGCGAGAGAUGGUGAGGUGAGAGAUGGUGGGGCGAGAGAUAGUGAGGGGAGAGAUGGUGAGGCGAGAGAUGGCGAGGCGAGAGAUGGUGAGGCGAGAGAUGGUGAGGCGAGAGAUGGUGAGGUGAGAGAUGGUGAGGCGAGAGAUGGUGAGGCGAGAGAUGGUGAGGCGAGAGAUGGUGAGGCGAGAGAUGGUGAGGCGAGAGAUGGUGAGGGGAGAGAUGGUGAGGCGAGAGAUGGUGAGGCGAGAGAUGGUGAGGCGAGAGAUGGUGAGGCGAGAGAUGGUGAGGCGAGAGAUGGCGAUUUAGGGGAAGGAAGAGAAGCACAAGAUGGGGAAGCAGAUGAUGAUAUAGUGGAGGUUGGAGGUGAUGGGAUAGUGGAAGGAGAUAGAGUGGGGAACGACAGGUUAGGCAGAGAAAAGGGAGGCAUGAGCGGCUUGCUUAGUGGAGAAGUGGAUAAGAAGGAGCUUGGGGAGGGAGACGGCGACGAGGAGGUGUUGGAAGUGGUUGAGAUGGGAAAGGAAGUGGUGAAGGAUGCUGAGGAGAGGGAUGCUGAUGGGAGGGAGGGGAUGCGUGGCGGUGCUGGUGGUGAGGUGAGAAGAGGGCGAGGGAGGGGGAAGGGAAGGAGCGGAAGGGGGAAGGGGAAUGUGAAGAAGGCUGAAGAGAAGGGAGAGAGGAACCUGCGGGUAAAAGAGAAGGGGAGGGAGCAGGAGCAGGAGCCGGAGGGCGAUGGGGAUAAAGAGAAGGAGAGCAGAAAGGAAGUGGAGAGGGAGGAGGAACAGGGGGAGGAGGAAGAGGCGGAGGUUGAGUGGGUGGAGGAGGAGGAGGAGGAGGGGAAGGUUGAGGAAGGAAAACGGAUAUGCCUAAAGAGGGGACGAAAAGGGGCUAAGGGCAAGGAGAAGGAAAAUGAAGGGGAGGUGGAAAAGGAUGAGGAGGAGGCGGAUGAGGAGGAGGAAGGAGAGGAUUCACUGAAAGGCGAGACGAAGAGAAAAUGCAAGGAAAGGGAAAAGGAGGCGGACGAGACUGGUAAGAAGAAGAGAAAGAGGAGUAGUAAGCACAAGGAGACUGAGGAGGAGGAGGAGGCCAGGGAGGAGGAGGGGGAGGAAGAGGAAGAGAUUGAGGAGGAAGUAAAGAAGGGAAGAAAGAGGAGAAAGCAGAGAGAGGAGGAGAAGGGGGAGGAUAUGAAAGAGGAGUGGGAGGAGGAUGAAGAGGAGGAGAGUGAGGAGGGGGGAGAAACGAAAAGGGGCAGGAAGAAGAGGACGUACAAGCAGAAGGAGAAGCGGUAUGCAUGCAAGCAGUGCGGGAUGGCGUUUACCCGGCCGGCGUACGUGCGGCAGCACAUGGCCACCCACUCCAACCAGAAGUCAUUUGUGUGUCCGCAUGAGGAUUGCGGAAGGGCGUUUGGGAGGAAGUACCAUCUGCAGCGCCACAUGCAGUCCCAUGCUGACACCAACCGGUUCCCCUGCGCUCACCCCCAGUGCACGCAGACGUUCAGCGUGCGAGAUAGCAUGCUGCGACACGUGAGGGAACAGCACUGGGAGGAGGAGGGCAUCAGGGACAGGCUGGAUCGAGUCAGCAGGGAGAGCAGGGCCGAGGGGGUGGCUGGGGGGAGUGGGUUGACUGUCGCCAAGAAACCGCCCGAGGGGAAGGCGAAAGAGGAGGGGAGUGGAGACAGAGCAGAUAGGGUGAACAAGGGGAGCAAGGGAGAGGGACCCCGGGUUAUGGGGGGCACGGGGGUCCCUGGAGCUCCAGGGGGGGCCGAUCGGAUGGAGCUCCAGCCGAGAGAGGCGGAGAAUGCUGGGCGUGGAGCAACUGGGACAACUGCGGAGAGAGGCGGAGGUGAGCCUAUUUUUGAGGCGCCUCAAAAAAGGGAGAGAGGCAGUGGUGAACGUAGUGCCGGUGGGAAGAUUGUCUCAACUGACAGCAAGAAAGGCAUUGAGAGGGUGAGCGGGAAAGAGUCGGCUCAACGUGAGGUGGUCUUGCCUGAUCAAAACCAGUCGGGGCGUGGGAAGGAGAAGACAGGUGGGAGGGAUGAUCCUAUGGCGAUGAUGGAAGGGAGGGGAGGCGAGGGAGGAGUGGGUGGGGGAAUGGUGGAGGGAGGGCGUGUGGGAGAGAAGAGGGCGCGUGUGGGCGUGGAGGGUAGGAGGAUGGGAGAUAGCGAGUUGGGAUAUGAUUUCGAAAUGGAAAUGAGGGAAGGAAGGAGAGCAGAGGGUGUGCCUGUGGGAGAGAAGAGGGGGGAUGUGAGGGUGGAGGGUGGAGUAAAGGAGGGGGGUGAAGGGGAAGGGGGAGAUGAGCUUGAGUGGAAUGCUAUGGAGGAGAGGAGAGGACGGGACGAGGAGGGUGGAAAGGGUUUGUGUGCGGUGGAGUGUGGUGAGACGCGGCAUGAUGCCGAGGGAGGUGGGGCCGUACGAGGGAUGCAAGGCCACCUGCAGCAACAGAAGCGGCACCUGACAAAACGACUGGAGGUUGUUGAGGAUCACCUGGAGAGCCACCUGAAGGAGAAGGAGCAGCCUGCUUUGGAGGUGAAAAUUCACCUGGAACAACAGAAAGAGCACCUGAGAGCGAUGAGGGAGCGCCUGAGGCAGAAGGAAAUUCUCCUGAAGGAGGAAGAGGAGUUCCUGAGGCAGCAGCAGGAGCACCUGAGGCAACAGAAGGAGCACCUGAAACAACAGACAGAGGACCUGAGGCAACGGGAGCAGCAGCUGGCAAUGCAAGAGCAGCGGAUGGGGGAGCGGGGCAUGAGAGAGCAAGGAGAGGAACACGUGCAGGAGCAGAUGAGAGAGCAAGAAGUGCAGAUGGGAGGGCAAGAGGUGCAGAUGGGAGGGCAAGAGGUGCAGAUGGGAGGGCAAGAGGUGCAGCCGGUUACCAGACUCAAGGGGCCCAAUGUGCAAGCGAGCUGUUUGCUGGAGCAGUGCAGCGCCCUGCUCCUGCUCAGUGGGGGGACUCGCCCCUGCCCUCACGCUGCUGCUGCUGCUGAGUCGACUCAAGAGCAGUGCAGUGCCCCGCUUUUGCUGCAAAGGGAGGCUGGCCCUUGCCCUGACGCCGCUGCUGCUGCUCUUGCUGCUGCUGAUUCUACUGCUGCUUCUCCUGCUGCUCCUGCUGCUGAUGUUUCUGCUCCUGCUGCUGCUGCUGCUGCUGCUGCUGCUGCUGCUGGGCCGAAAAAUGAGCAGCGCAGUGCCCCAGUUCUGCUGUCAAGGGAGGCUCGCCCCUGCCUUGAUGCUGCUGCUGUGGGAGUGGGUAGUGCUGCCGCAGAGGCUGAUGCUUCUGAUGGCGGUGCUACGGCAACUGGUUGUGGUGUUUCUGCUACUGGUGGUGGUGUGACGGCCACUGAUGGUGGUGCGACGGCUACUGAUGGUGGUGCGACGGCCGCUGAUGGUGGUGCGACGGCCACUGAUGGUGGUGUGACAGCAACUGAUGGUGGUGUGACAGCAACUGAUGGUGGUGUGACAGCAACUGAUGGUGGUGUGACAGCAACUGAUGGUGGUGUGGCGGCAAUUAAGGGGGGGUUAACGGCAAGUGAUGGUGGUGCGGCAGCAAUUGAGGGGGGGUUAACGGCAACUGAUGGUGGUGUGGCUGCAACUGAUGGUGGUGCGGCUGCAGGUGCUGGUACGAAUGGCAGUCAGCACAUAACUGAGAGCGAAAUGGGAGAUAGAGGAGGGAGUGAGAUGGAGGAGGCAGAGCGAGGUGGGGAUGAGAUGGAAGGGAGGGAGCAAGGAGGGGAUGUUUUGAUAGGGCGAGCGAGAGGUGGGAGUGGGAUGGAGGGGGAUGGGGACAUGCUGAUGCGAGAGGAAGAAAGAAGGGGAGAUGGUCAGGGGGAGGUGGAUGUGAGAGAAGACGGCAUGGUGCCGGGAAUAUCGUUAGAAAGUGUAAAGAAGUACAAGCGGGCCGGGAUGAUGAGCUGGAAACGGAGGAGGUGGUGCGACAAGGAGAUGACCAAAGAGCAGGAGAUGAUGGCUGCAGAGAAGUUGUCGAAAGGGAAGUUAAGGAAGGGGAAGUCAAAGGAGGGGAAGUCAAGGGAGGGUCCUUGCGAAACCACCAAGGUAGGGCAAGCAGCAGGAGAAGAGGAAGCAUCAACGUUAAGGGAAGGAGACGCCGACUUAUCAAGUGACGACGAAGCAGCAUCAGAGGAGGGUGGUGCAGCUGCUGGGCCUACGGAGGGUGCAGACGGUGCCAUCUGUGGGUUUUGCUUCGCGUGCUUCCCAUCGCUCUCUGCCUUGGAGCAGCACACGCAGCAGCAGCACCGGUCCGUGGCCUGCCCCCACUGCAGCAAGCGCAUCUCGUUUGCCCGCUUCAAGCGCCACCUCAAGGAGCACGCCUUGGGCACAAGCUCCACCCACCCCUGCCAGGUGGAUGGGUGCGGAAAGACAUUCAGCUCGCCCAGCAACCUCAAGACACACAUCAAGGCAUGCCACCACCACGACCGCCCCUUUGCCUGCUCCUUCCCCGGCUGCGCCCAGCGCUUUGCGUACAAAGUGAACCUCCAGCGCCACCUCGCCACCGUGCACAUGCGCAGCCCUGCAGAGAAUGUGGUGGAGCGGGACGAGGCAAUGCACAAGAGACAGAGCCUCACAGGGCGACCUUCCUUUUCUGACGCAGCAGCUUUUGUUAGCGAUACACUAGGUGCUGGAACCAGCUCUGCCGAUGCCCUCGCGGAUACAGAUGAUAAAUAGUGUACUGUUAAUGUAUACUCUGUUAGUGGUGUUCUGCGUAUCAUGUUAUUGGUCCUCUAUCUGCAUGCCAUGCAAGGACAUCACACACAGAGGGAGACGAGCAAGGAUCCUCCUUAUGUCGGGUGCUGCUGGUAUGCUCUGCUCUUAGAACGCUUUCAAUAACGUUUCCCCAAUUGACAUAACAAGAUCACAGUCGACCCGGGACAGGAAUUUCCAGGUGCGAGAUGGAAGGGUGGUGGUAGUCGGGUUGGUGUAACGUUGGAAUCCAUGCUCGCAG